AUGAUAACGCUUCUGUUGUUGGGUUUCGGCGUUCUUUCGCUCUACGUGUACUGCAAGAUUAAGUUUAAGUUUGCGGAAAAAAUCCCAUGCGUUGAGCCACUGCAUCCAAUAUUCGGCAACGGGCUCGAGUUUGCGCAGAAGAACUCGUACGAAAUCUUCAAGAGCCUUACUCGAGCGUACAAGGAUAACAAACGCAUCUUCAAACUUUCCUUUGGCCCGAUACCGGUCAUCUGUAUUACGCAUCCGGAUCUGAUUCAGAAAAUUAUGACCGAACAGGUCAGCAUGGACAAACCAUUCGUGUACGAUUUCAUGCGCGUGGAGCACGGAUUGCUUACGGCGAAGUAUGACGAGUGGCGUGUGCAUCGGAAAGCACUUAAUCCAACAUUCAACACACGCAUUCUGAACAGCUUCAUACCAAUCUUUACCGAUUGUGUGGGGAAAAUGAUCAGUAACAUGCAAAAGCAUGUGAACGAUGAAAAGCCGAUCAACAUGCUCGAAUGCACCUCGCCUUGUACGUUGGAAAUGAUUUGUCGCACCUCACUCGGCGGGAAGGUACUGGAAAGGGAAGGCAAGCAGGAAUUUAUCGAAGGGCUGGAAAUUAUCCUUCACAACGUAGGCCUUCGAAUGUUCAACGCAAAUCUCUACCCUGAUUUUGUGUACAAGAACACUCGUUUCUACCGUGCUGAAAUGGCAGCUCGUAAAAUAUGUUACGCUUUCACGGACAAGGUAAUUCAUGAAAAGCGUGCAAAGUUCGAGGAACGGCUUCGUCAUUCGGUCGACAACAACAAUAACAAUGCGAUGAGCGAUGAAAAUGGCAACGUCGUCUUCGAAGAUGAAGAAGACGAUAUGCUGAACUACAAGAAACCCCAAAUCUUUGUCGAUCAACUGCUGACCAUACCGAACGAUGGUAAACCGUUUACGCACGAGGAGAUCACCGAUCAUAUCUACACCAUGAUUGCAGCUGGUAACGAGACAUCCGCCACGCAGGCCGCUCACGCCUGCCUGCUGCUCGCCAUGCAUCCCGAGGUUCAGGAUCGAGCAGCAGCGGAAAUACGAGAGCUAUUGGCCGAUGAUGUGGAGUACACGCACGAAAUACUCAAGGAGAUGGUAUAUUUGGAACGCAUCAUUAAGGAAUCGCAGCGGCUGUGUCCAGUAGCGGCCGUAUUCGGUCGCAAGACGAUGGGACCGAUGCAGUUGGAUGAGUAUGUCAUUCCGAAAGGAUUCAUCCUGCUGCUGAACGCGUUUGCACUGCACCGAAAUAAGGAAUUCUGGGGCCCGAACGCCGACAUGUUCGAUCCGGACAACUUCUUGCCGGAGCGUGUCAAAGCCCGGCACCCGUAUGCCUAUAUGCCGUUCAGUGCCGGUCCACGCGGAUGCAUCGGUAGCCGUUACGCUAUGAUGAGUUUAAAAAUUAUGCUGUCACAAAUAUUGAAAAACUUUAAACUCACCACCGAAAUACCGUACGAAAAGUUGGAUUUCAAGUUCAAAGUCUCCAUGCAUCUGUCCUUCGAGCAUCUGAUAAAUGUUUUCCACGAAUUCGAGCGACAAAAUCAGGAAAGUAUCACAGCCAUUCUAAGGGUGCUAGCAUUGGUUGAUCAUACGCUAGAAAACACGAUACAAGACUGCGAGAAAGUGUUUCAUCUUCCGUCGCUGGACAGCGAGAAUGUUCUGUUCCGCGACGUCUCUCGGCCGUUGCUACUGCGUGUGGAAUUGCUUUGCCAGCACGUGGCCUCAGGAGACUUGAGCGAGGUAGAAGCGACGAUGGUGGCAGUUGAGCAGGAAGCAAAUAGCUAUCGUCAACGGCUAGAUGAAACAAAACGCUACAUGCAGAUUGUUUUGCACGAAGUGAGCAACAUCGAGGAAACUUCCACUAUAUCGAGUAAAAUUGAUAAGAUAUUCGAUGAAAUAGAGCCGCUAAAUUCAACAUUUCGUGAAUCGAUUAUGGCUGCUACCGGAAACCUGCUUCCUAGACAACAGGCAGUCUGUGACGAAAUUCUCGAAGUCUUUCGAGACACAAUCGAUGAAGCCGAUGUUUUUGAGGUUAUUACCGAUUUUGCGAUGUUUCUGAGCAAUGAAACGGAACUGUUGGUAGAGGAUCUAACCGAGCAGCUUGACGAAUGGGUCUUUCAAACAUCGAACAUGAUCAACGCUUUUGAAGAAGGUUUGAAAAACAUAACAUUCGAACUGAUUGAUUCUCCAAUCGAAAGCUUUCUACAAAAUGAAAGUUCCCUCAAAUGUUUAGCAGAGCUUGGUAACCACAAAGCUAUGCACAAAAUGACACAAACUGCGGAAAGCAUGUUGCAAUGCUUCAGUAUUGCAAAUGACCCCAAGCGUCCACUUGAAAUGGUGUAUCAUCAGCUAGGCGAAAUGGCCGAUGAAGUUCAGCUUACGUUGCAAGAUAUUGUACACUGUCAUCAAAGCACUUUGCGUGAUGAUUAUGAUGCAAAGAUUUUUGAAGAUAUGGCGAGCUGCUUCGAAAUGAUAUCCGUGCCAAUGGUUGAUCCACAAACCAUGUCCAACGUACAACGACCGCAGUGUUUCAUCAAGUUCACCUGGGAAAGGUUGGGCUCACGCUUCAUGCCGUUGAUCAUUUUUACAGCACAUUUGUCGAACCAUGCGUUUGAACUGAACGGAGUGAUCAUGUUUUUCCUACCGGCCAUCAUCGUGGUGCUUGGAUUAGUUAUCUACUGGUGCAAGCUAACAAGAGAUAGUGGGCUAUUCGCGAAGGAUCUUCCAGGACCAAGAUCGUACCCUAUUAUCGGCUGUACCUACCUGUUUAUGCGCUCUUAUGAGGAAACGUUUACUGUAAUUAAUGAGUGGUUUCGCAAGUACGAUCGGAUGUUCAAAAUAUCCCUUGGUCCCACAACGGUCGUGUGUCUAUCGCAUCCGGAUCUUAUCCAGCAAGUUCUAACUAAUAGAGCAUGUCAGGAUAAGGCAUUUUUCUAUCGGUUUAUGGAGCUCGAUUAUGGACUAAUAUCCUCUCGUUAUGCAGAUUGGAAGCUGUACCGCAAGAUGUUGAACCCAGCGUUCAAUCAACGCAUCUUGAUCAGCUUCAUAUCGAUAUUCAGUCGUUGCUCGGAAGAUAUGGUAGAACGUAUGGCUAAAGAGGUGGACAGCACCAAACCAUUCGAUAUGCUUCACUAUACCGCCCAAUGUACGCUGGAGAUGGUGUGUGCCAGUUCGCUCAAAAGUGACAUUACGGAAAAUCCAAUUGCAAAGGAAAUUUGCGGCGGCAUUGAAAAGAUUAUGAUUAUUAUGUGUAGCCGCGUGUACAACGUCUUGCUUUAUAGCGACAUGCUAUUUAACAUGACGCCUCGGUACAGAGAAAUGGACAGACUUCGCAGCAAACUGCAAGAAAUGCUGGAUCCGAUCAUAAGCGAACGACGUGAGGAAAUGGCGAAAGAACGAUUGGAAAAUAUCAAUCAAGACGAAGAAGAAAAAUAUCGUAAGCCAAUGAUAUUUUUGGACCAACUGCUGGAUAUGAAACGCGGUGAUGAAGAUCUCUCCAGCAAGGAGAUCGAAAACCAUCUCCAUACCAUCAUUGCAGCUGGUAGCGAAACGUCUGCCAAUCAAGUGGCCUACAUCCUGCUACAACUGGCAAUGCAUCCCAAUGUGCAGGAUCGUGUGUACGAAGAAAUCCGCUCUAUUUACGGCGACAGUUCGUUGAAUAUAUCCUACGAAACGAUAUCCGCCCAAAACUACUUGGAGCAAGUGAUCAAAGAAACUUUGAGACUGUUUCCCGUGGCACCCUUCAUCGGACGGAAAACGAUCGAGACGGUUAAGCUGGGAGAUGUUGUGAUCCCGCCAGGAGUGACGCUGCUCAUGAAUAUAAUGCAUGUGCAUCGUAGCAAGGAGCUGUGGGGAGACCGAGCAGAUGUGUUCGAUCCUGAUCGCUUCGACCCUGCGACGUAUGAUGCUCGGCAACAGCAUCCCUUCAGCUACAUUCCGUUUGGCGGUGGACCAAGAAACUGUAUUGGCUAUCGGUACGGCAUGUUCACUAUGAAAAUUAUGGUCAGUCAAGUGCUCCACAGAUAUGUGCUGUCCACUCCGAUCUCACCUAACGAUUCGUUAGGACUGUCGCUUGCAAUCACACUGAAGACCGCCGUAGGACACCAACUACUCAUAAAACGUAGAAAAAAUAUCUUACACGGACGACGCGAGGAAAUUGUGAAAGAACGAUUGGACAAGCUCCAUUCAGAAAGUGAGGAACAAUAUCGCAAGCCAAUGGUGUUUCUGGAUCAACUGUUGAACACAAAACGUGGUGAUGAAGAUCUAGCAAUGCAAGAAAUCGAAAACCACAUUUAUACGAUCAUAGGAGCUGGUAGUGAAACGUCUGCCAAUCAAGUGGCGUACAUCUUAUUCCUACUGGCAAUCCACCCCGAUGCACAAAACCGUGUGUACGAAGAAAUUCGAACCAUUUACGGAGGAUCUGCGCUUAACAUAACCUACGAAACCAUUUCCGCCCAAAACUACCUGGAGCAAGUGAUCAAAGAAACAAUGAGACUGUUUCCGGUAGCUCCGCUCAUUGGACGAGAAACGAUCGAGACAGUUAAGCUGGGAGAUGUUGUCAUCCCGCCAGGAGUAACGCUGCUCAUGAAUAUUUUCACCGUACACCGCAACAAGGAACUAUGGGGAGACCGAGCAGAUGUGUUCGAUCCUGAUCGCUUCGAUCGUGCGACUGACAAACAGCAUCCCUUCAGCUACAUUCCGUUUGGUGGAGGACCAAGAAAUUGUAUUGGCUAUCGUGGUUUAAACAAAAUCAUGGUUUUAUCACGCGGUUUACUGCAGAAGAAAGAAGAAAAUCGCGAUACUUAA